GCAACGCUCUUGGAGUGGCAGUGGCAGUGGCAGUGAUCCUUGCGCUCCUCGCGGCGGCGCCGCCGAUCGCGUCCCAUAAUGUGGGAGCUCUGGCCUCGUCCUGCGAAGAGUCCGAUUUUCUCUACAAGUCACUGCCCUGUGUCAAGGGCGGCACGGUGAUGAGCACGCCGAGCUCGCAAUGCUGCGUCGCCGUGCGCGGUAUGGCGCUCGAGUGCUUGUGCCGCUUGAUCGUGUCCGCGACGGGGGCUUCCAGCGAGCAGACGGUGAAGAACUACGUCAAGACGUGCAAGAUGAAAGCUCCCCCGGGAUUCAAAUGCUAAAAGCAGCGGCAAAGAGCGAAUCAAAUAGUUGUCCGCAGGUCUUCUCCAUCGUGAGGCAAGGCGUGGAUCGAGCGUUUUCGAGAGAGCAGCGCCUCGCAGCAUCAUUACUGCGCCUACACUUUCACGACUGCUUUGUCAACGGCUGCGAUGCUUCGAUUCUCCUGGACGACACUUCCACCUUCACUGGAGAGAAGACAGCCGGUCCAAACCUCAACUCGGCGAGAGGCUUCGAUGUUAUCGACGAUAUCAAGUCGGAGCUCGAGAAUCAGUGUCCAGGCAUUGUCUCGUGCGCUGACAUUCUAGCUCUCGCUGCCAGGGACUCCGUCACUGUGUCCGCUGGACCAUCGUGGGAUGUUCUUCUGGGCCGCCGAGAUAGUUUUCGAGCUAGCCAAGCCGAUGCCAAUCGCUUCAUUCCAUCGCCCGCGUCGGACGUUCCAGCGUUGGUCUCGGCAUUUCAAGCAGUGGGUCUCUCAGCAUCGAACAUGAUAGUUCUUUCAGGUGCUCAUACUAUUGGAGCUGCUCGCUGCGGCACCCUGACUCCACGUCUCUACAACCAAAGUGGCACCGGACAGCCCGACUCCGUCGGCGAUCCCGAUUUUCUGGCCUCGCUCCAGCGCUUGUGUCCACCGGGUGGCAAUCCGGGGACUCUCUCCCGCCUCGACGUGAGAUCUCCGCAGGCAUUCGACAACUCCUACUACCAGAAUUUGCUGCAAGGCCGCGGAGUGCUCCACUCGGAUCAAAUCCUCUUCUCCGGCGGUGGCUCGUCGGCACAGGCAGUCCAAGACUUGAGCAGCGAUGAAAAUCUCUUCUUUGGGAACUUUGCGGCGUCCAUGGUGAGACUGGGGAGCAUCGCUCCUCUCACUUUCCCGGAUGGAGAGAUUAGAACGAACUGCCGCUUUACAAACUCUUGACGAAGAGCAAAGAUUUUUAAACGUUAAA